AUGGAAUUUCUAUCUACAAAAGACAGAUUUGUCCCUAACUACAGGUGUGAUAUCCAGAACAAUGUAGUAGCUGUCAUUGGAGGACCCCGUACUAAGACUUGUCUCAAUAUGGCAACCAUGCUGUACAACUACAAAUUUCCACAGCUGAUAUACGGAUCAGCUGCACUGAUGAAUAAUGAAGCUGAAACAGUUUUCUUCAAAUGGAUGUUCCCAGAUGAGAUCCACCAGCUUAAAGGAAUGCUACACUUACUGUUGCGUUUUGGAUGGACCUGGGUUGGGUUAGUUUACUUUGAUGAGGAAGAUAAAGAGAGAUUCAUUCAAAAUAGGCUUUCUAUGUUUUCUGAGAGAGGCAUUUGCUUUGACUUUAUAGAAUGUAUGCCCAAAAUGAUGUAUGGAAAUGAAGCUGCUGAAAUGAUUGAAGAGACAGAUAAAUUAGGUAAAGUGAUCAUGAGGAGUAGAGUCAGUGCAGUGUUCUUGAAUGGUGAAAUUUGGACUAUAAUGGCUUUGAGAGUAAUGAUCUAUCUUUUAGAUUCUGAUGAUAUUCCUAAGGAGAGAAAAGCCAAAGUUUGGAUCAUGUCAGCCCAGAUGGAAUUCACCUCCAUUCUUAUGCAAAGACAGUGGCCUUUUCUCCAUGGUGCUCUUUCCUUUGCAAUUCACUCAAAGGAGCUGACAGGAUUCCAGAAAUUUGUGCAGAAGAGAAACCCAAACCUUGAAAAAGAAGAUGGCUUUAUUAGGGAUUUCUGGAAAGACGCAUUUGAAUGCUCAUUCUCCAGUGAGAUGAUAGAUGGGAAUGCUGAAAGGUUCUGCACUGGAGAAGAGAAGCUGGAGACUCUUUCUCAAUCUGUGUUUGAAAUGAGCAUGACUGGCCACAGCUACAGCCUCUACAAUGCAGUCUAUGCUGUGGCACAUACUCUGAGGGCCAUGCACUUCUCCAAAAUCAAAGGGGGUCGAAUAAUUAAUGGGAGGAGAUGGAAGCUGUUGCUUCAAUCACCAUGGCAGGUAAUGUUGGCUAAUGCAAAAUUCAGGAAAGUUAUCAUGACAUGUGCUUAG